AUGUCCUUCACACGCCGGCUCUGCCUGCUUCUCCUCGGCUUCGCCCUCCUGCACACGGUGAGCGCAAGGUUCCCCGCCUGCCAGUUCCAGUGGGAGCUGCAGAGAGCCGAGCGGGAGUGUCGCACGCUGCUGCAGCAACAGCCUCUGCACGAUGCAGGCUGUCGAGGUGUGUGGGACAACAUCUCGUGCUGGCAGAACGCGGCGGUCGGCGAGGUGAUGACUCUCGGCUGCCCGGCUGCUCUGCAACACCUGUUUGGAAAAAAUGGUAACAUCAGCAGGAACUGUACGGAGGACGGCUGGACGGUCGUCUAUCCCAGCGUCUACGUCGCCUGCUGGUCCGAAGACUCAGAUGACUCCAACGAGCCCAACAAGCUGGUCUUCUACAGGGUGGUGAAGAUCCUGUACACUCUGGGCCACAGCCUGUCGCUCAUCGCUCUCCUGACCAGCGCCGCCAUCCUCUGCUUGUUCAGGAGGCUCCACUGCACGAGGAACUACAUCCAUCUGAACUUGUUUGUGUCGUUCAUCCUGCGAGCCGUGGCCGUGCUCACCAAAGACGCCAUCCUCUUCUCUCACGCCGAGCAUGCCGACUGCAGCACGCAGCCCUCCCUGGUCGGCUGCAAGACCAGCCUCGUCCUCCUCAACUACUUCAUCAUGGCCAACUUCUUCUGGCUGCUGGUGGAGGGGCUGUACCUGCACACGCUGCUGCUGGUCAUGCACACCUACUCCAGCCGCCUGCCGCUCUACGUGCUCAUCGGCUGGGGAAUCCCCUCCGUCUUCGUGGUGGCGUGGGUCGUGUGCAGGAUUUACCUGGAGGACACGUGGUGCUGGGAGAGAAACGAGAACCCCGUCCCCAAGAGAGUCAUCAACUGGCCCAUCAUGGCCUCCGUUAUCAUCAACUUCAUUCUUUUCAUCAGCAUCAUCCGCAUCCUGGUCCAGAAGCUGCGCUGCUCCGAUGUCGGGGGAAACAGUCAGUCACAGUACAGGCGUCUGGCCAAGUCCACCCUCCUGCUGAUCCCACUGUUCGGGGUGAACUACGUGGUGUUUGUGUACCUGGUCGAUACGACUGAUAAGAACAUGGAGCAUUUCAAGAUCUUCUUCGACCUCGGCCUGGGAUCCUUCCAGGGUCUAGUGGUUGCCAUCCUCUACUGUUUCCUCAACAGUGAAGUCCAGGGCGAGCUGAGGAGGACAUGGAGGAGUUUAUCUCUCAAGCGUUACGUGGGGCAGGACUACCGGCUGCACGCCAUGUCAGUCAGCCGCAACGGCACCGAUAACUCCGCCCACUGCCCCAGGAACUCGCGAGCCCAGUCGAUCCUGCAGACCGAGACCACGAUGCUCUGACACCGCAGGGCCAAGACAAGGCGCCUCCUGAAUCAAAGAGCCAACGUUUUCUCGGUCUCGGCCCGCUCAGCUGAGGCGAGGUUUUUGGUUUUCGUGAAGACAUUUUGAACUGAAGCUUCCAGAGCGACUUCACCGGGAACCUCUGCCUGCUCAGAGGCAUCAAGGCCGUGGCCAUUUGUAGAAACGCUCGCCGCUGAGCUGAUCGAACCUGCGACUUCAGACGUCUCCAGGGUCGGCAGCUUCAUAUUUGCCUCCUGGAGAUCUUUAACAUUACUGCUGAUUCGCCUUCAAGCCAUUUAGAUCAGCGCAUCUGCUCUUCUCAACCUUUCUGACCUACAGCCCUGAAGUAUAAAGAGGUGCCUGCUCCCAACAACAAAGUCAUCAAACGAUAUUAGACAUGAUUAAACACUGUAAAAAACCCCAAAGGCUCCAAAUUAAGGCUCCAAAACACUGUAUCCAUUUUGGAAAAACAAAAUGUGCUUACUCAAUGUCCUGUGUUGUAUAUUGUCGAAUACGGUGGACCAUAUCGUCUGUGAUGCUAAUAUGCAAAUAGAAAUAGAGACUCUGUGUUAAAGAAGCCAUAAAUCAUGUAAAAAAAAAAAAUGCAAUUAGUAACCAAGAGUAUUGCAGCAUCAGGUUGAAAAUCAUUGAUUAUGACAAUCAGAUUUCAAAGCAACGUUUUGUUUUCGUUACAAUUUAUUUAUUUUUUUCUCCUUGUACACAAAAACAACAUCAUCUUACAGUGCGGCGUGACUUGAAGCAACAAAAUCACCACACACACUGAGCCGACCCGCUGCUGCAGUCACAUCAUGUCCCAUUUACUAUAAAGCUGUGU